UUGAGGAAUUCCCCGACUUUGGAGAGGCGAGCCGCGCAAGGAGACGCUGGUUUAAAAACCCACUGACGGCGGGGGCGGUGGAGGAUAACCUUCAGUUUAUCUGCUUUGGCUGAUAUUCAUAAGAGAACAUCGUUUUUCGGAGAAGCCCGUGGGGGCAUGCAGUGAAAGUGGAGAGAGAGAGAGAGAGGGCGCGCACAAAGGGGCUUGCCGGGAGACACUUCUGCAUGUCUUCUUCGACCACCCCACCCCGCGCCCCCACCCUAAGGGUUCCAGAUAUUCUCCAGUGCAGCGAAACCGACCUGCCACCUAGAGCCGCCUGUAACCUCUCCAGUCUCCGGUGCGCAGCGCGUCACUCCGCGCUAAUGGAGAGAUUACUCCACUGGUCAACUUGGAUACAGUCUCAGGGCCCCUUGUCAGUAUUAGUGCCCCUGACUCGGUGAACAGAACAGGGGAAAGGAGGAAGGGAAGGAAGGACACGUGGAUUCCCGAGGCGCAUCAUCGGAUCCGGUUUUUGAUGCGCGCAGGUGUCCAAGUCAUCAUCCUAUUCUCUCUCUGUGUGUAUGAACCGCUAAGUUACAGAUUUCUGUGCAUAACUGAAAAAAAUCAAGUGGAAGACGAUCAGCCGGAGUGCUUUGAACACAGGAAUGCUCCCGGUCGGAUAUUUGCUUUGGGUUUGAGGGGAAAUCGCUCGGAUAUCAAACAUCUCCAGCGGAGCCACAGCAGCGGCUCUGGAGUUACAGAGAGCAAGGGGAAAGAAUUUGGAAAGUAGAGCUUUAUAUUUACGGAUUACCAGGCUUUUUCUUCUCCUGAACAACUGUAAGACGCGCUCUUCUUUGAUGUCUGAAAAGACCGUUGGGUUGCCAUGACGAGCGAGGAGGAGGAGGGCCCCAGCGUUGCAACAUCAACAGCAACGACACCGUCAGCGGCAGCAAUCUCCAGGGUAACAACAGCCAUAGCCAGGGGCGACAGCGAUGAUGCCGUCACUUCCUCCUCCCCCCGCAAACCCUCCCCGUACCGCCUCUCAUGUCCCAAGGAAAAGGAAGAGAAAGAGGAGGAAAUAGAGGAGGGAGGAAUUAUUCAAGAAGAAGAAAGGAUUGAGAAGGAGGAGGAGGAGGAAGAGGAGGUGGUGGAGUGUGAGGGGGAUGAUGAAGAUGAUGAUGAUGAGGAUGAUGGCAGCAGCGAUGCCAGUGUGUUAGUAGUGCCCUACCCAGAGCUGGUACCUGUUGUCUUCUUCUGCCUCAAGCAGACAACCUGUCCUCGCAGCCUGUGCAUCCGCAUGGUCUCCAGCCCAUAUCCUUUUCAAACUGUGAAUGAUGGUGGCGUGAGUUUGCUCGUCUUUUAAUAUGUGAAUCCAUCAUACUUUAAUCAUUCAGCAUCCCCCCAUAUCCAGGCUAUAAAGAAAACAUUAACAGAGCCCUAUUUCUCUCACAAGUUUAAUUUUCCAUUAGGAGGGGAUGGAUUCAGCUGUGAAUCAACACAAACCCUGAGGUUUGGAUGUUUCAUCUCACCCGAUAAGUUCCCUUCUC